AUGGAGGCCGUCCGCCGCCACCUCCUUCUGCCUCCCGCGCCGCUUCGCCCUAAUCCGUUAAGCAGCCUCGCAGAGGUGGAGCCCAGCCCGGUGAUCAUCGGCGGGAUGGUGCUGGAUAUCCAUGCCAAGCCCUCCGUGCCGCCCCAUCCUGGCACCACUGUCCCUGGAAUGGUUAAAUACAUCAGUGGAGGUGUAGCAAGAAAUAUUGCCGAGUGCAUGUCAAAGCUUGGGACACAGCCCUUCAUGAUAAGUGUUGUUGGAAAUGAUAUGGCAGGGGACUUCCUUUUAAAAUACUGGAGGUCGGCUGGAUUACGUACAGAAGGAAUUCUGCAGGCUGAUGAUGUUGCAACCCCAGUAGUAUCAAAUGUAUUUGAUGGUAGUGGAGAAUUAGUCGCUGGAGUUGCAAGUGUUGAAGCAGUUGAAAUUUUUAUUACUCCGAGCUGGAUAUAUCGCUUCCGUCAUCAUAUCACUAAUGCACCACUUGUAAUGCUUGAUGCGAAUUUACCUCCUGAGUCACUUAAAGCUGCUUGCAUAACGGCAUAUGAAUCUGGGGUGCCUGUGUUAUUUGAGCCAGUCUCAGUGGUGAAGAGUCGAAGAAUUGCACCAGUUGCAGAAUAUAUAACUUGCACUUCUCCCAAUGAGAUUGAGCUUGUUGCCAUGGCAAAUUCAUUAUCCCCAUCAUUGAAAUAUAAUUUUCACAAAAUAGAACAGUUCAAGGAGAAAGCAGACGCUGUUGAAUAUUUGUUUGAAAUGCUUAGCCCAGCAAUGUUCUUCCUACUUGAAAAGGGCAUCAAGUUGCUCAUCGUCACACUUGGCCCGAAUGGUGUUUUUUUUAUUUGUUGCAAAGAGCACACUAACUUCAUGAAAGACCAGCGCAAGAAAGUGCAAACAGACGCUUUCUCCAGACAGCUACUUGAAAAAAUGGAUGGGUGUUUUCCAUUGAACAGUCGUGUUAAUUUGUGCGGAGAAAGCUCUUCAAGAACAUGUGUUUUUCAUUUACCUGCAAUAUCCGCCUCUGUGAUAAGCCUCACAGGUGCUGGCGAUUGCUUGGUUGGUGGUGUCCUUUCAGCUCUAUGUGCAGGCUUCGAUAUCAUCCAGAGUGUUGCAAUUGGGGUUGCUAUAGCAAAGGCAUCUGUGGAAUCUGAAGCCAACAUACCUGAUGACAUUUCUGCUGCGAAUAUUGCAGAUGAUGCACAAAGUGUUUUGCAUUCUGCUAAGGUGCUUUGGUGCAACUGA